AUGAUGAAGUUUUUCUCAAUUCUGACGUUUGUCGCAGUCACUCUUGUUGCGACCAGUUGUGUUGUCCAAAAGCCCAACAAUCCAGCCGCGCAGGACCUUCCUCCCAACAUUCUGUUCAUUGUCGCUGACGACCUUGGCUUUACCGAUAUCGGCGCAUUCGGCAGCGAAAUUUCAACGCCGAACCUGGACACGCUGGCGCUGGGCGGCCUGCGCAUCACCAAUCUACACGCCGGGCCCGCCUGCCAGCAGACUCGCGCGAUGUUGAUGGCCAGUACCGGCUAUGUGCGCGCCAUUGAAACGCGUCCCCCACAACCCGGCGGCGAGCGGGACAAUCUGCUGAGCCGGGACUGGGCAAUUAUUCCAGAGCUGUUGAAACAGGCCGGCUACGCUACGUUCGCCACCGGCAAAUGGGACCUGGGCCGCGACCAGGGGUAUACAGCAGCCACCCGGGGUUUCGACCGUUCCUUUGUACAACUCAAUGGAUCAUCCAGCUUUUUCAGAGAAUAUCUGCUUAUCGACGGCGAGUUGGGCUUUGAAGACGACGGCGUGCGCGUAAGCUUUGACGACCUGAACGAAGAUUUUUACGUCACCAAUCAUUACACCAACAAGAUGCUGGAGUAUCUGGACCAGGCACCCGCGGGAAAACCCUGGUUUGCCUAUAUGCCCUAUACCGCGCCCCAUUGGCCGUUGCAGUUGCCCGAUGAGUGGCUGGACCGAAAUGCCGGACAGUACGCGAUGGGCUAUGACAAGCUGCGAGAACGCAGGGUCAGGAAAGCCCGGGAGCUGGGCGUAAUACCCGCCAACCUUGGGCUGGACAAUUAUGCGGUUCAGGCACAGCCCUGGGAUCACCUGAGCGCUGAGGAGCAGCAGCGAUACCAGCGAGCGCAGGAAAUCUACGCGGGCAUGAUUGAGCAUUUGGACAUGAGCAUUGGCCGCGUCAUUGAUCAGCUGCGGCGCAGUGGCCAGUUCGAAAACACCGUCAUUGUUUUCACCUCAGACCACGGCGCGUCUCGGGCAGAAUAUGGCGUGGAUACUGGUCGCGUCACCCGCACCGGCGGACCCCAGCUUCCUAAGGACAUUGACAACAGCCUGGAAAAUUUUGGUCGCAUGAACUCGUUCAUCGACCAUGGCCUUGGAUUUGCGGAGGCUGGCACCGCGCCAUUUAAAUAUCAAAAGGGCACGCUCAAUGAAGGCGGCGUUCGGGCAGCAGGGUUUAUCUACUAUCCCACAGCCAUUGAAGCAGGCGGUGUCACCCAUGAAUUUAUAACCAUGAUGGACAUCAUGCCCACUUUUUUGGAAAUUGCCGGUAGUGAGCAUCCUGGUGCGGGCGCCUUUCAAGGUCGGGAGAUCAACGACAUUCUUGGGCGUUCAGCCUGGCCACACCUCACGGGAAAGACUGACGGCGUACAUGACAGCCAAUACGCGGUAGGUUGGUCAAGCAGAGCCGGCGGCGCGUUGAUUCGCAACAAUCACAAGCUGAUCAACACAUCGGCGCCGGGCCAGAGAGGCACAACGAACUGGCGACUGUACGACCUGAUCGCUGACCCCGGCGAGCAACACGAUAUUGCUGGGCAACACCCUGAAAUUGUCGCCGAUAUGGCCGCCGAGUGGAGCGCGGACUGGCAGUAG